UUCGGUUGGACCCACGUAACCCUGUUGAUCAUAGUAACUCAGUCGCACCUCAUCAUGCAGAACAUCUUCGAGGGCCUCAUUUGGUUCUUGGUACCAGUGUCAAUGAUAAUCUGCAACGACAUCAUGGCCUACUUGUUCGGCUUCUUCUUCGGCCGGACACCUCUCAUCAAGCUGUCGCCUAAAAAAACCUGGGAAGGUUUCAUCGGGGGCGCUUUCGCCACUAUCCUCUUUGGAAUACUAGCCUCCUAUAUGCUUGUUCAGUUUGAUUACUUCGUGUGUCCCAUUGAAUAUGAUGAUGCUAAGCAAGCUCUGUCUAUGGAUUGUGAAAGGUUUGUUUUUAUAAUAGGCUGUGGACCUUGCGGUCUACGGAUGGCCAUAGAAUCAGCCCUGCUGGGCUGCCAGGUUACAGUUGUGGACAAAAGAGACGGCUUCACAAGAAACAAUGUACUGCAUCUAUGGACCUUCUUAAUCCACGAUUUGAAAUCUCUGGCCGCUAAACAGUUCUUUGGGAAGUUUUGUUCCGGAUCUAUCGAUCAUAUUAGUUAG